CUUUUUCCGAAAAAUAUAAUACAGACCCUCACAACACGAAUGCAAACUCACCCCCUAUGAAUACACGGCAUUCUUCUGACGGAUGCGCAUGUCUCAUCUUCGUUAAAGUUGAACUCAGCAGACUGUCAUUUUUUUCAGAGUACGAGCAAGUAUGGCCUAGAGUGACCGCACCAACGGCACGAGCAUCAUCAGCAGAUACUGGAGACAACUCCUAGUGUCCUUUAUCCAUGCAGACACUGAAAAUCUGGGGUCCCAUAUUAUUAUUUUACUCCAAUCAUGCAACCUUAAAAAGGAAGAAAAAAAAAGUACUCCAAUCAGGCAGGUUGGUGCUCCAUAUCCUUCGCCAACCACGACCAAUAAUGUAAGCCACCAUCCCUCAUUUCAGACCCAGCCCGGCACGCGACGACACACAAGACAGAGCCCUCGCUCCUUCAAAUACUACCUGACAUCCCUAUCCAAUCGACCAAGAGCGAGAGUGAGUGACAGUAUCGUUAGUACCUAUCCAACGACCAAGAGCGAGACGAGAGUGAGUGACACCGCCUAUCGGUUGCAAAUGGCCGUCAAGGUCGUCGCCGGGAAGACCACUGCUGCUCAGCCCAAGAGCGUGGGCCGGCGGCUGUGGCGCCUGGCGCGCACCGUCGUCUACCUUCUGCGCCGCGGCGUGCUGUCGUCCGGGCGCAAGCUCGCCAUGGACCUCCACCGCAGCAGGGACGCCAGCAAGGCCCUCGGCGGCUUCGUCAACUUCCACCGCCGCGCGGCGGCUCGCACUCGCUCCUCCUCUGUCGCGGUGAAGCGCCGCGACGACGAAACCCCCGGCUGUUACAACAGCUACGACGCGGCCGACAUCGCCAGGGUGUUCGAGAUGCUCAACGACGGCGGGCACCUCUUCGACGACGAGGACGGGGGGCCCGCGGUGGCGACGCCCUCUCCCGCCGCGUGGGCGUCGCCGGCCUUCGGGCGCAGCAGCGCGGCUACGGGCCAGCCGCGCGUCACCGACUCGCCGUUCAUGGCGGGCGAGCACCAGCAGGUGGACAGGAAAGCCGACGAGUUCAUCAGGAGGUUCUACCGGCAACUGCGCGCCCAGAAGAGCGUCUCCGCCACGCCGGAAAACUACGGCCACGUCGUCCCAAGGCCGGUCGCCGCUUAAGUGUAGAAUUAUUAGUGAUGGACUGCUUGAGGCGGCCGCCGCGGGUCGCCCGGCAGGGGGAGCACAACGUUGCCAUGUCUUCAUCUUCAGAUAAUAUAAAUCAACCACAUGACCACAUCCUCUGUAAACGACUAAACGUAAAACAUUGUGCAAUUUGAAUUGUGGUGGUGUGGUACACUUGUAUUG